CUAUGCUGAAAUUUUGCUAGUGGCCCUAGACAUGGUGUAUUGUGCGACCAUUUUCUAGGGGCACUGUGUUUAAUAUACGGUGCCUUGGUAAUGCCGCGCGAUCCAUCCUCUGUACUUCUUAUCUACUGGAGCAUUGGUUAGAGACAAGAUGGUAAACAGUAAUUUUCAAGAUGUUUACUUUCUUUUGGUCAGCACAGUAACUAGUCUGACUCCGGUUCCUUUAUUUUUUUUAGUGCCUUUUCCCCUUGCUCGUUUUUUUCCUUUCAGCCCCCUGCCCCGCGGCUUCUCUCUCAGCUGAACUACUGACGUUUCUGCGUCGAAAUUUGACCGAUAGUAGUACUAAACCGCCCUAGUUUGAUUGUGUUAGACACUUUGGUCACCGAGGUAGCUCGGGCACGGCUGUGCAUCAAUAUCAUUUUUCUGGAAUCCGCGGAUCGCUCGCCACCCCACCUUCUCCCGCAAUGCCCUCUGUCGAGACCCGGGUCUUACGAGGCUUUCCGCAGAUCCCACUCACCAAGGUUUCCGUUGCCCUCGCAAACCGCUGCCAGAGGGAUGGGCUAUCGCUCGUCUGUUCCCCUCCUUCUCUUCCUUUUCCAUGGGACCUCAUCUUCCUAUGGCGCCCGGGCGGGGAGCUCUCCUGCUGCGCGAUCGCUGGGCCGGAGAAUCGGAUGCGGCGCAGCUGCCUAUCCAACUCCGCACUCAUGUCGAAGAGCAUCUCCAUUGAGAGCUGCAAAGAUCGACGAGCGUCAUUGUAGGAGAUCCUGCCGUGGUCCAGGGCGGCAUUUGUGCUCUCCAUCUCUUCUAUCAUUCCCUCCAUCUUUCGCAUGUGCAUCGAUAGGCUGGGGGGAUUCGCUUGAGUGAGGAUCUCACGAGAUGUGUUUUCUAGUUGGGCGCGGACCCGAUAGGCCAUCCCGAGGUGCCACCCUAAGGGAGAUGGCGGGGGCGAUUCGGGAGGAGACCAGGAUUCUCCAUGGAAAGUUUUGGAGAAGCGUGAAACUCUUGGUUCCAAGGCUCCUACUGUACCUGCGAACAUUUUUGGUGUGAGCUGGGUGGUUUUUUGGUAGUGUUGAUAGUUGGGGGGGGGGGGGCAGUGUGAGCGAUGACGGCCAGAUGGCGUGGUGAUAGUGGCGAUAGUGAUAGUAUUGCCGGUGGAAGUUGGCAGCACUUUCUAGCGAAUCUUUAAGCGUUUUAUAUCAUACCUUGGGGACUUCAAAGCCCCUAUAGAGUUGACAUGAAAGAGUCUAUAGAGUAUUGAAUCUUGAAUGGGAAGUCUCUCGCUA